GAAGGUAGUUCGGUGUCAGGUCGCGCGCUUCGUGCGUCACGGAUCUCAUCCCGGUGCCGCGGCGACAGCGUCAGUGCCAUGGAGCUCCAAUCCAGUGUCCGUACCGAGCCCGAGCCUGGCAUGUUCCACCCCGUCGGGCCGAAAGACGCGCUGUGUGAGCAGGACGAACAGGAGAAGCUGUCCGGUGUUGUGAAACGCGUCCACCGAACACUACGGAGGAAAUAUAUAGAAGUGGGUGACUUUGAUAAGAUCUGGCGUGAGCACUGCGAAGACGAACAGACACUGAACGAAUAUGCCUUUGCCAUGAAGAGUCUUGCCGACAACCACUGGGCCAAGAAAUGUGACGGAGAGGGACGCAUCGAGUGGUGCUGCAGUGUUUGUCAGGAGUACUUUAUGGAGGGUGGAAUGAAGAAGAUGUUGGAGAAGGAUGCAAAGGCUAUAAAACAUGCUGCAGCUGCAAGUGCGCCACCUUUAACUCCAGACUGCUCUCAGCCCAGUUUAAGCUUCCGAUACAACAAGCUGCGUCUCCUCGACGUGGGCAGCUGUUUCAAUCCCUUCUUGAAGUUUGACGAGUUCCUCACAGUAGGAAUUGACAUAGUGCCUGCAGUUGAGAGUGUGUACAAGUGUGACUUCCUGAACCUGCAGCUCCAGCAGCCCUUGCAGCUAGCAAGCGAUGCACUCAAUGAAUUCUUGCACCAACUGCAUGACCCUAUCGAGACUCUACCAGGGCAGCUCUUUCAUGUGGUGGUAUUCUCCUUAUUGCUCUCCUACUUCCCGUCACCGUACCAGCGCUGGCUGUGCUGCAAGAAAGCCCACGAGCUACUGACACUGCACGGUCUUCUCCUGAUCAUCACACCGGAUUCGUCACAUCAGAGUCGCCACGCACUCAUGAUGCGCAGCUGGCGUGUGGCCAUCGAGUCCUUAGGGUUCAAGCGCUACAAAUACGUCAAAUUCUCCCACAUGCAUAUGCUCGCCUUCCGCAAGAUCUCAGUCACCACCAGCAGUGACCUAGUGAGUCAGAACUACCCCGAGAUGCUGUACAUCCCACAGGAUUUCGGCACGCUCGAUGAAGAUGACGCAUUCAGGGACUCAUGCCAGCCAGUGCGCUCCGACUUUGAGGAUGAGCAGCUGGCGCAGAGUUUCACAGAGCUCCCCGACGCGUCUUAUGACUCCGACUCAGGCGAGAGUCAAAGCGGCUUGGCACCAUUCCAUGAAUUGGAGGACCCUGUUCUACUGUACAGCUGAAGCCCAGCAUUGCUUCCACACAGCCAUGUUGGCAGAAUAACACCUUAAUCUAUCAUUCCCUUAAUGUUCAUUACAAGAAAGCUCCCAGCUGUUUUACUCCUUCUUUUUAUGUGACACAAUGCAGUUUGCGCAGUUUGUACAGAUGAGCAUGUCAUGUGCCAUGGAAAGCUGGCAAUUCCAUCUCUCCCAUGUUGUUAUGUGACACCCUGAUAGUCAGGCUUUUGAUAUAGUUGAGUAACUAACGCUCCUUAUUUGUGCUCAUAAACAAAGCCUUUUUUGUUUCAGGUGUUAACGUGACACAGGAGAUACGCUGCAUAUGUUAGUGUUAAGAGAGAAAGGAAUUUUACUCUUGGGAGGGUGCUGAUGGGCAAAAAAACACAGCGUAUUACAUGUUUAAACAUAUCCACACAGUGGUGAGACACUGGUUAAAGUUUUUUUUAAUGGGUCGAUUUGGUGAGUAAGGCAGCUGAACAGGUUCAGGAUUCGUGUGCUAUUAUUCACUGCUUCUGUAUCAUAUGAUACGAUUUUGGAGAGAAUUUUUCAAGAAGACUUUUUUAAGCAACAAAUAACUUUUUGUAUUGUGUACUUGCACCGCGCCCUUGGAAAAGAACACAACGGUUGGACUAGAUAUUGUGUAGAAUUUAUCAAGCAUCGUUUAAUCUCUUCAUGAUCGUUAGCUGCUGGAGAAGGUACUCCUUGUAGAUUUGUACACGAGCAUCUUUGAAGUGAUACUUGUAGCAUUUUGUGUGUUUAACAACUCUGUAUUGCGCUGACUUAUGAGACUGUGUUUAAUUUACAUGGUACGGUUUAUACAAAGUAGUUGUAGUCGUAAGAACAAUCUGACAAGACUAGAUGAAAGGUAGGUUUGGGUUUUUACAGGGUGUUUUUGUGGAUGUUGCUACUAACUACAAAAGUACUCAGUUACGAAAGUGCAAAGAGCAUAUUUUAGCUGUGAAUUCGGUUCUUUAAGGUAACAAACAUAACCAAUCGAUAUCUGCCUUUCAGUGCAUAUGUUGUUAAAAAGAAAAAAGGGGUUGCCAUAGCUUUACUGAAUAUUUUAAAUUUUAAGACAAACUCCGACUUUCAAACAUCUUAAGCUGUUUUACUGACUGUAACACAAUUAAAUAUUUAGCUCUCACAGACAUCUGCUGAACUUCACUUGCUAAAUACAAAUUGAAAAGGUUUUAAGAAUACGUCAAAACUUUGAAAGUGUUUUUGGAUGAUUAACCUCAGUGAGGUUUUUCCUCAUAUUGUAUGUUUUUUUUGUACCAAGUGCUUUAUAUCCUCUUUGUAGUUCACUGUGAAUGAGCAGUUUCCACUGCUGUGGCUGUUGCACUUGUUUAAGAACACUCUCUAUGGAUACCUUUAAUAAGAGCACCUUAUUUUUCAGAAGAAUGACAAAUACAUCAUUUCACAUGAGGAAGUUAAAGUGCACAAAUAUGAACCCUCUUAUUAAUGUAUCCAAAGUGAGGGAGUCUUAAAGCUUUGAGUGGUUGUAUAUACUAUUGCAGUCUUGACACGUUUUUGAAAACACAAGUCACUUUGGAGGAUGCUAGAAAAGCUUUUUUUGUGUCUCAGUACUUAAGGAGCACACUGGAACACUGGUUUUGUCUUUUAAUGCAGAAUCAGUUAGAAAAACUUGUGCCUUUUAUCUUUAUCUGUAUUUUUACAACUUCAUUGCGGCAUGAAGAUGGACAGAUCUGGAAUGGGACAGAAGCCAAACCUGAACCUUUUUAAAGAAAUGACUGGCUCUUAAGCAGAUAUGGUGAUAAUAAUCACCUCUUAAUACUGUCACUUUAAUUGCAUUAGCAAUAGUAUUACAGGCUUUCUGUCAAGCGUGUACUUGCUUUAUUAGAACAUUGGACAUUUUACAACAAAUCUUUUUUGUGCUAUUAUGUGUGAGGUGGUACAUUGUCCUUCCUUGGUCCUAUGUGCAUGGAUAGUUUUUCUUUAGUGUUGGAGUUCAGGACUUUGUGAUUUUUUUUAUUUUUUGCAGCCUGCUGCUUUAUAAUUGUUAAAAGUGUUGCCUACACAUACAAAAUGUUAAUAAAGAAAUGCCUAAAUCUGA